AUUAGGCCUUUCGUGAUCGUUACAAAUUAGAGCUAAAAUUUGACAUCUUCCAUUUCUUUUUAGGGUUUCCAAAAAGGAGGCAACGCCACAGAUUUGUCAGCUGUCAGAGAGUUCAGAUUCUUCACAUUCUGAAAGUGACUCUGAGAGUGAACAAGAGCACAUUUCAGGGUACCACAGGCUGCUUUCUACGCUAAAGAAUGUUUCCGAAGAGGAGGACGAGGAGGAGGAGGAGGAGGAGGAUGACAGUGCUGUAGGUGAUGAAGAAAUGAAUGACGAAGAUGGUGAUGAAGAUGUCAUUGUGGAAGAAGAAACAGUAGAGACAGCUGAGACACAGGAGUGUAUGUCCCUAGCUGAUGUCUCCAAAGAAAAAGAUGGCGAAGAGCCGGCCGAUGCGUCACAGAAAUCCUCGGAGGAGUUCACAGAUGCAAAACACGAGUCCCUGUUCAGCCUGGAAACCAAUUUUCUGGAAGAGGACAGUGGAGGCAGCAGCUCCUCCCAGAGAACGUCCCAAGAUCCAUUUCAACAACAUGUCAACAAAGAACUGAAAGAAAAGGAGGUCCAAGCUGCCACUUCAAGCCCUCCAACUACCCAGCAACUAAAAUGGCCCGUCCUGGGACAGCUUGUCUUUUCAUCAAAGUUCCAGAAGAUGGAAACAUUUAAACCUCCGAAGGAUGUUGACAUGAAGUCACUUCAUCUUCAGAAGCCUCUAGAAUCCACCUGGAAAAAAACCAAUAGCCAAUUCCUAUCUGGUCCUCAACAAUCAAAUAGCCCCUUUACCCCGCUCCAGAAAGAGCUGUUCUUAAUUAUGAAUUCUUACCGGGACCUGUUCUACCCAGAGCGGACUGCCCUGAAGAAUGGAGAAGAGGUCCGCCAUGUGUACUGCCUGCAUGCCAUAAACCACGUCCUCAAAGCGAAUGCCCAAGUGUUAGCUAACAACAGUAGGCGCCGGAGCCAGAAACUUGGGGUGGGUGAGGAUGAUGACUUCAGGGACCAAGGGCUAACCAGGCCUAAGGUGCUUAUAGUGGUGCCCUUUCGGGAAGCUGCCCUUCGGGUGGUGCAGCUCUUCAUCAGCCUCCUAGAGGGGGACAGUAAGAAGAAAGUAAUUGUAAGCAACAAAAAGAGGUUUCAGGGAGAGUAUGGCUCCAAUCCAGAGGAGAGACCACCUAACCUGAAGAGGCCCGAGGAUUAUGAAGCUGUGUUCGUGGGCAACAUUGAUGACCACUUCAGGAUUGGGGUGGCAAUACUUCAGAGGAGCAUUCGUCUCUACGCCCCCUUUUACUCCUCCGACAUCCUCAUCGCCUCCCCCCUGGGCUUGAGAACCAUCAUUGGUGGAGAAGGAGAGAAGAAGAGAGAUUUUGACUUCCUGUCUUCUAUUGAGCUUCUCAUCAUCGACCAGGCUGACAUUUACCUGAUGCAGAACUGGGAACAUGUCUUGCAUUUGGUGAACCACAUGAACCUGCUGCCUUUGGAGUCCCAUGGGGUGGACUUUUCUCGAGUUCGCAUGUGGAGCCUCAAUAACUGGUCCAGGUACUACCGCCAGACCCUGCUCUUUGGUGCCCUGCAGGAUGCCCAGAUCAACUCCGUGUUCAACAAGCACUGUGUCAAUGCCCAAGGACAGGUGGCCGUGAGGAAUGUCCCAAUGACAGGCUCCAUCAGUCAUGUGUUGGUGCAGCUCCCACAUGUCUUCCAGAGGAUGGAAGCCCAAGAUGUCACUUCAGUGAUAGAUGCCAGGUUUCACUUUUUCAUAAACAAGAUUUUGCCUCAGUAUCGGGAUGCCGUCAUGUCCCACACGCUCAUCUAUGUCCCCUCCUACUUUGACUUUGUGCGUCUCCGAAAUUACUUCAAGAAGGAAGAGCUGAACUUCACACACAUCUGCGAGUAUACACAGAAGUCUGGGGUUUCCAGGGCUCGGCACUUCUUCCUUAAAGGAGAGAAGCAGUUUCUGCUCCUCACGGAACGUUUCCAUUUCUACAAAAGGUACACAAUAAAAGGCAUCAGGAACCUGAUAUUCUAUGAACUGCCAACCUACCCUCACUUCUACAGCGAGGUCUGCAAUAUGCUGAGUGCCGCGAGGAGAGGAGAGGAGGCCACAUGGACCUGCACUGUGCUCUAUUCCAAAUACGAUGCCCAGAGGCUUGCCUCUGUGGUCGGUGUCGAGCGGGCAGCACAGAUGCUGCAGUCUCCAAAGAACGUCCACCUUUUCAUCACCGGAGAGAGAUGAGAAAGUGAGGAGCAGGACAGGCGGCGUCAUUGGUCAAUAUGGUCGAUAGGCCACGCAGACCUGAUUCUCAUCACUUCCCUAGGAGCAAACUCUGCACAGACACAGGCAGUCCCCUGGAAAGUACAUUACAACCAGUGUCAGUGACCACAGCUGCCAAAGCCUAGAGCAAUCUGCACGGGCUGUCACAUUCAGAAAUGAAGCCUGUGCUUGUCAAACCUGUAAGCUGUAAGUUCUCCAGUUACUCUUCAUAACUUUUUACACGGGGAAGAUUCUCUGGCUGGCCUAUCCAUUUUCUUAAAGCAUUGGUUGUGUUGUUUGUGAGGUUUGCCAAGAUAGUUGGAGACGACUUGGCACAUGUCUUGUGGAACUUUGCUUUUGCAGCCAAACUAAAAAAAAAAAAAAUUAUAAACACUCUAACCUAAAAGAGUACAUUCAUUCACGGAUCUUUUUAAAUUCCUCACAGUGUUUUAAUGGCUAACACAUUUACAGUCAAGUUAUAAAGCAACAUUUAGUUGUACAGUUGAUGCUUGUUCUCGGCACCACUGUCUCUUUAGCUGGUUUUUGAGUCGUGUAGCAGAUGAAAGUGAAAAGAAAAUCAUGCUUUGAAACAUUAAACACCAUUAUUUUAGACUUUGUUAUAAAAACAAACACUAUUGCAAACAGAACCAUCAGGGACGACCAUUGCUUCAGGUGACAGAGUUGUGAGACCGAGUCUGAGUUGCUGGGAAGUUGACUGCCGACCUCAUGGGUGUGCUCGUGUGAGCGAGUCUUGUUCUCAGCAUGGCUUCAAGUGAGCAGACUGUCUGACUCCGCUGCAGCCUUACCACUUGUCCUAGCCUUUGUUCUGGCCCCCUUCCAGAUUGCUCAGGAAGACCUGACCUUGAAGUCUUAAAUCUUCCUUCCUUGACCUCCCAAGUGCCACUACAAGUUUGGCUGUUUGUUGUCAUCAAGAGUGUUGGUUGAGAGUUUUGUUUGUCUUGUGGUUUUGAUUGAUUGGUUGGUUGGUUGAUUGAUUUGCAGUGCUUGGGAAUCAAACAAGUCCCAGCCUUUCGAUUUUUGAGAAAGGAUCUUGCUAUGAAACUUAGGGCAGCCUUGGCUUUGACAAGUAGCCCAGGCUGGCCUCAACUCAUAACCCUACUGCCUCUGCCUCUUUAGUGAGGAUUAACAGACCCAGCAGCUCUGCAGCUGAGUGCUGGGUUAGCUGGCUGACCCUUCCUGCCAGCCCCAGGCUCUGCCAUCAGAGCUUGGGAAUGUUUGCUGAAUGUGGGUAUGUGGGUGCAUAUGUGAGCACACAAACACUGAAUAUUACUUCUUACCCACACGUUAGAAACUGAGUUUAAAUUAGUAUUUCUAUUUACAGUGUAUGCUGCAGGGUUCUUUCUGACCCCCUUUCUCAGUGAUUCCCCCUUGUUCUUGGAGACAAGCCACAAUUGGUAUAUAUUCUCUUAUACUCAUACAUAAAGUACAUUUCUUAAAGCAGUAGUGUCUUGGCAGAUAAAAGCACUUGGGCUUUAAGUGCCUGAGGACCAGAGAGAGUUUUUUAAAAAAAGAUUUAAGUGAUAUAAUUUGGGGCAGCUGUUAUGCAAAAAUAGGCAUUUUGACUUCUCAGCAUGGUAAGCAAAGCCAGUUAUUCCAGAUUGAAUUCUAAAUUCCAGGAUAUAUAAAUGAUAGAUAAAAGCCAACUAAUCCCAAGCAAACACACACUUCUGGAUGCACAGAUCUGCCCUGUGGUUAUUGGCAUCUGUGUGCCACUGUUUGCCGCAUUCACCAUUUAUUAUGAGAAGGGAAAUGAGUUUGUUGCUUUGUUGAAAACCAUGAUUCCUCAGGUCUGUUUCCACACAGUACAGUUCUUGUGAACAGCUCACAGGACGAAUUGCAACUGCCUAAGAGUGCAUGGCCUGCAGAGAGUUGGUGAGUUUAAUGUAAGAGAUGACAUUACAGCAAGGGGGCGUGGCCCUCAGACAGCAGCCUCGUGAUGCACACUAGAACCUACCGUGCACAUCACGUGUUGUCUGCUCACUCUUGCCCAUGAUAUCCUCAAAUUUGUGAUCCUCCUGCCUCAGCCUCCUGGCUAGAGAUGUCUCCUGCUCCUAGUAGGGAGGUCUUAUAGUUCUUAGGCUGGCUUCUUUGCAGCCCAGAGUCUGGAGUGAUCCCAGGCCCAGGAAGGCAGGGACUUACCCAGAAAGUGAGACUUUUAGACUCCACACAGCGGUCACAGCUACUGUGGCACUUUUCUUUUUGAGGGAAAAGGCUUUGAAUCGUGACCGCUGCUCACAGCUGGCUGCACUAUGUGCAGCAUUGGAAACAAGAACAAGCUAAUCACAGAGUGCCUGCAGCAGAGAAUCAGCCCUCUGCCAGCUUCCAGAGGGCUGGUAAUUGAGUGCAGAUGGCCCAGGCAGGAUGGGGGGUGCAUGUCGCUGGUGACUCAUACAUACCUCAGAGGACCAAGGUGGUUCCAGAAGCUUUGAUCCCUGAUUGUGCCCUUGUGGAGUGAGGAGACAGGAUGCUGAGAGGUGUCGCCUAUGCUUGCUGACUGCCUUCUGCUGGGCCUUCCUGGGAUCUGUCUUCAGACAGCCCAAGUUUAGGUUUGAUGUGCCCAGGGUCUCAAGAUGGCAAAAGACCUAGGGAAAGACAGCAGGACUGGGACGUUCUUUACAGCCAUCCCAAGAGUCUGGAUGUGUGAGCUGUAGAUGAGUGUGAGGUGCUGGGCGUUUCCGGAAAGAAUACUUUGGAAGCCAUGCUUUUCAGGGUACAUCCCCCAGGGUCCAAGGCCUCUAGCCUUCCUGCCCCGCCCCCUCCUUUGUGUUUAAUGUCCCCUAUGCCUCUGGCCACACUGCUGCCAUUCCUAUGAGACUUAGGACCAUGUAAGAGAACAGAACUCAGUCUCAGAAGUGGAUGGCGCCCUGUACUGUGGAGGCUCUGAAUGCCACAAGCUCAACCUGGCUGUCCCCUAGCAACCUGCUAGCCUGCUCUCCCAGAGGCCCACAGUUCAGGGGUGCCCUGACAGCCUUUGCGCAUUUGGCUAUGACCAUUCGGGCACAUGGCCUCAGCCCACAUGUGGCAGGAAGGCUGUCUGCUGAUGUCUGACUGGGGAGCUGUUCACGAGCAGCCCAUCUGCUUUCCCAGCUGAGCAAGGCCAACUAGAGCAUCCAGCCAUCUCCAUCCUCACUGAACUCUUCCUCUCCCCAGCGGGUCAUGCAGGGUGAGUUUUCCUGGCCUCACAGCUGGUCUGUCUGUCCACAGGUCAGUCUUCUUGGCCUUUGUUCAAGGUCAGCUUGAAGGCUGGGGAUGCUCAUUUGUCCGAGUCUCCUGGUAUUGGGAUUGGAUAGCGCCUGGCACAGUGUGUGCAAGUGUGUGUCCCCCCCCCCCCCCAUUUAUUUCUGGGUUUUUGUUGGGUUGAUUUUUUUUUUUCUCUAGUGCUGGUAUUAAACCCAAGGUCUUGCAGUACUAUAUAAGCUCCCUUCGCUGAGCUGAAGCCCAGCUCUGCUUGGCAUCAUGGAGCAGGGAAUGAUCUGCCCUGUCCUUAGAGAGGAACAGAGGGUGAACGAGGAAGGCGCUCUCUCUCCCUCAUCAGAACCCAUCUUGAAUGGCUGACAUAGUAUCUGGUGGAAACCUGCAUUUCCCACCACCCUUCCCCUGGUGGUUAGACGUGACCGGGGAGACACGGAUUGGCCACGGGGAGAGUGCAUCCCAGUGGAGGGGACACCCAACCUCUGUUCUUCGCUUGCCAGGACCAAGUAAGGCCGAACCUCUACAGGUUCAGGUGCUCUGUAUAGAGCAUGUGCAACGCAGUCCUGCACUUGGGAUGUGAGGACGGGGGGGAGGGGUGGCAGACAUCAUCCCAUGGGAACUAUAAAAGGAUAGUCACUUCAGCAGUUUUCCUGUGUGUUUAAAAGAAAAUUUAUCAAUGAGUUAGAAUCCAUAAAUCGGUCAGAGCUACUACAGAUAUACCUGUGUGGGUUGUCACCGAGCAGUGGUUUUAAGGGCCUCAAAUGCCUUCAAGAUGGCAUGCUCUGUCUGACUGGCUUUCCAGUGCUACUUGGAGAUGCUCUGAGCCUCCCUGGUCCUUGUCCUGUUUCUGAAGCUCUCAUCCCUCAUCCUUCUACUAACUGUCUAUUUUAAAAAUAGCCACCCUGUGUGUGAGCCUGGUUUUCUCCAAGGCAAUUAUUCCAACUUCCUUCAAGACUGUUUUCUGAAAAUUUGUAUGUUCUUAAACUUUUAAAGAGUAAUCCAUCCACAAUACAAACAAACAAAUAAGACAAACCAGGCACCGUGUCUGGGGCAAGAGGAUCCUGAUUAGUCUUGUCUCAAACAACAGAAAUCAAUAAAGCGAUAUGUGGUCAGCCCAGUC